AUGAUUGCUAAAGAAAAGAAACUUUGGAACGUUGACGAAGACAGAGGACUCCAGGUUAUCAAAGUUGUUACCUACAUCCUUCUGUUUUGUAUUCUUCUGUGGUGUGCUGUGGCUCAAAAACUCAGUCUAAUGGUUCUUGUGUCACCACAAUUCAAUCGUACUGACGACCGCGAAAAGUCGAAAGUCAUGUGUUUGAUUGUCGAAAUGAUGCAUUCGAUUGGACUAUGCAUACUUGCAUUUGUUGUGCUUCCGGAACUUGACAUUGUUCGUGGAAUAUUUCUGCUCAGUGGUGUUGCAGUUAUUCCGGCAGUUUUGUUUCCGGUUUGUGCAUCAGAUGUUAAAGUACAUAACAGACGUGAACGACAAUCAAGCGGUCUGAAACUUGCUGUCUUUGUCUUGAAUAUUUUAACAGCGCUGCUGCAGUUUGGAUACAUCCCUGUUGUUCUGCUAAGGGAUCAUUUUAUAAAUGACAGUAAAUUGGACAAUGAAGUAUACAAUAUUGUACUUUUUGUUGUGUCAAUGAUUUUUGUUUCGUGUACUUACUGGGAGAAUUUUGUGGAUGACAGAUUCUGCGGACGAACAAAUCAAAGAGGAUGUUGGAGAAGACUUAUAUUAAAGACAAAAUUCGACCUUCAAGAGGCAAGACCAAUAAUUUUGUGCUCCACCACUUUUUUCAAGAUUGGUCUGACCAUUCUCUUUUCUUGGGUUAUCAAAACAUAUCAUCCAGAGAACGUCACUGUUACUGAUUCAGAAAGAAACAACAACACUAAGCGAAUCGACACGGUUACCAUAUCUGACGCGUUUGACAAAAUUGGAGAAUUGCCAGUAGCAAACAGUGCUGCCAUCAUUGCAUUGACAUUGUCAGCUUUUGUUGGUCAUUACGUAGGUUACACUGCAUGUAAACUACAUCUGCAGAUGUUUUCCUUCAACAUUCCUCUAAUACUUUCAACUCCGUUGGCUAUUGUAUUAGCAACAGUUGAUUGUUCUGUUAUACGUCUACUUGUGCCAUUUACAAAUGAAAAAAGAACAUGCAAACAUGUAGCAGUGCAGAAUGCAGUAGAGCAUUUCUUUUACGGUAUAGUUGCAUGGAUGUCCUUGUAUUGGCUAUGUAGGCAUAUAUUCUACCCACAUAUAGAAAAACUUGCAAAGACAGAAAGGUUGUUUUUGAAUCCGUUCUAUUGUGGCAUUCUUUUCGAGCAGAACAUGAUUCUAAACCGACGUCGUCAUACAAGAAAAGUACACCUCGAAAUAAAGGAUGAUAAGGCUUACUACAGGUACGGUAAGAUAAAAUUACAUGUAGACACAUCUUCAUCCGAUUAA